GGUUGCGUCGUGAGAGUCGCUGUGGGGUGUGGGAAACGCUUGUUCCGUUUCUUCAAGGCUGACUCGUCCGUCCUUCCUCGCCCUGCGUGCCUUGUGUUUGAACUCAUUCGGGGAAGACAAGAGGAGGAGUACUUUGCUGUUCAGCAGUGAAUCCCAUCGAUUUCAGCAAACAUGGAAGAAUUGCAAGAUGUCCAGUUAACAGAAAUUAAACCUCUCUUAAAUAAUAAGAAUUCGACUCGAAACUUCCAGGACUUUGACUGUCAAGAGCAUGAUAUAGAGACAGCUUAUGGAGUUGUCCAUGUCACUAUGCGGGGCACUUCAAAAGGCAAUCGACCCGUCAUCCUAACGUAUCAUGAUAUUGGCCUCAACCAUAAGUCCUGCUUCAAUACUUUCUUCAAUUUUGAAGACAUGCAGGAAAUCACACAACACUUUGCUGUCUGCCAUGUUGAUGCACCUGGACAACAAGAGGGGGCUCCUCCUUUCCCUUCUGGAUAUCAGUAUCCUAGUACUGAUGAACUUGCUGAAAUGCUUCCUGCAGUUCUUAUGCACCUGAGCGUAAAAAGUGUAAUUGGAAUAGGAGUUGGAGCUGGUGCCUACAUUCUCAGCAAGUUUGCGUUGAAUCAUCCAGACUUGGUAGAAGGCUUAGUGCUAAUUAAUAUUGAUCCAUGUGCAAAAGGUUGGAUAGAUUGGGCAGCAUCCAAGUUUUCUGGAUGGACAACUAACCUUGUGGAUAUUGUUUUAGCUCACCAUUUUGGCCAUGAAGAACUGCAGGCUAAUCUGGAGCUAAUUCAAACAUACAGACUUCACAUUGCACAAGACAUCAAUCAGGAAAACCUUCAGCUCUUCGUUACCUCCUAUAACAGUCGUAGAGAUCUGGAUAUUGAAAGACCAAUCUUGGGUAUGAAUGAAGAAGCAGCAAAAACACUCAAGUGCCCUGCCUUAUUAGUAGUUGGAGACAGCUCUCCUGCAGUUGAGGCUGUGGUUGAAUGCAAUUCACGCCUAGAUCCAAUAAAUACAACACUCCUGAAGAUGGCAGAUUGUGGGGGAUUGCCCCAAGUUGUCCAGCCUGGGAAGCUAACUGAAGCUUUCAAAUACUUCGUUCAAGGAAUGGGUUACAUCCCUUACAUGCAGCUCAGUCACCUGAACACUGAGCCAGUGCCAUCUGCAAGCAUGACCAGGUUGAUCCGUUCCAGGACCCAAUCAUCUUCAAGCGUCGGUUCAGGAGAAAGCACUCAAGCACGGUUUCAAGCCAACAACCUAAGGGAGGUGAACAUGGGAAUACCUGAAACUACUGAAAUCCAUGGCAAUCCUCAGACUAUGGAAGUAUCCUGUUAAGCAAGCAUGUGAAUCCAGACCAUUCCUUUUCUCUCUUUUCUGCACCCAUCCAACAAGUGGCAUUAAUAGUUUUUCCCCUCUCAUUAUGCCUGCUAACUUUUCAUCUGUCUCUUUGAUGUUUUAUUUAGUUAUAUUUGUACAGAAACUUCAGCCGCCUACAGAUCUACCAAACAAUAGCUGCUGGAGGUACAGGAGCUCUGAUAUAUUUUUUGCAGGCUCAAGAUCAAAACCUGGACCUCUCCUUUGCCUUUCUCCCUUCCCCCCAAGGAAAUCGCUCAUUUUCUUUUAAUUUCUUCCACCUCUCCAUCACACCUUCAUGUUUAUCUGCUUGAAAUACUUGGUGCUCUUUAAAAGAUGUGGUGUGGUGAUGGUGGUUUUGAUUUCUUAAAAAUGGCAGUUUGGUUCAGCCAAUUAAUUCUAUGUGCAGAACCUUGCUCUGUAACAUGCAAGGGAAAGAAAUACUUUCAUGGGUGAUGCAAGGGCUUGCUAAUUAAUGCUGUAUAAAUCCAAAUUUAGCUUGUUCUCAGUUAAAUAUGAAGAAAUAAUGUGUCUGUCAUAAGUGUGGUAAAUGCGCUUCCACAGUGGGCUUGCCACUGACAUUGUAUACAUCUGUAUGCAUCCAUUAACUACUAACUUUCAUUGGUGCUAGGCAAGAUGAAGAUGUCUUCAUUUCUCCUGGCCUGUGCUAUCCGAUCAUCUGGGGGAAAUGUCUCUCUCCAGUCUUCUGGAAAUUCAGAUGAUAAUUUUUGUGGGUUUUUUUUUUCCCACUUAGAAUUGCUUUCUAGUAUGCUUCUGCUGAAAGACUUUAAGGCUUUUGACUGUGAUCCUAACAGUGUCUUUGGAGUUCCGAUUAGAGAGGACAUCUUUGAUUCAGAACUCCAAGAGAGGAUCUAUUUCUGUUCCAACACUUGAGAUCAUAACCUGAUAUAUUAGUUAUAAGAGAGUUCUAUCUUUCAUAACUGAGCAGGAGAAAGGAAGCUCUUUCCUGUUGGUUUAUUCAGAAGCAUUUCUCACUAGGACCAUUAGGUUAUAAGAAGAAUGAGGUAUUUAGCCAGCUUAAUUUCCAACAAAGAGGGCAUAUUAUUCAACUGUGUGUAAAGGAUUUACACACUAUAAAAUAGGCAAAGUUACAAUAUACAUGAUUUAGAAAUGGAACCAGGUGAUAUUUAGUGUAAUUCCCAACACCCUAUACAAUAAGUUCCUAAAGCUGGAAAAAAAAAUUCUGAAGUUGAAAAAGGAUACUAAGCCAAAUAUCUUAAUUUUCACAAGUGAUCAGUAACUUUGACAAUAAAUUAUGCACCUUUAAUUUUUAAAGGGAAUUAAAUGUACUAGUUCAGAGAUAUAUUUAUAGUUAUUGAAUUAAGACAAAUUAUAUUGAAUUGAACAAUUUAAUUCUAAAUUCUGGUUUUGAAUAGUUGAGUGAGUAAGAAGACAAUGCUAUAAAGUAAGUGUUUGUGGGGACUGAAGACUAAUCUUGAAUGAAUAUAUAUAAAAUGGAAAAUUAUUCAUUCUGUACUUGAAAGACUAGCUCAACAUGUAUUAAUUAUAAUAAUUCUGUAUCUGUGAAAGACCAUUUGGUUCUUUAGGUAAAUUUCCCACCGCUAUUUUCAUUAAACAAAUAUUUUACUAUGGACUAUUACUGAAAAUUUUUCUGUUAACUUACAAGGAAAAUAAUAUGUAUUUUCCUACAAACACACACACAUAUAAAUAUAUAUAAUUUAUAUUCUGAUGGAAAUAGAUUAAAAUUAAAUGCACUAAGAAUCAGGCAGUUUUGGAAAUAAAAUCUGCUUCACUGGGAUUUCAGAAUAUAAUUCUAAAAAGACUAGAGAAUAGAAUUAACUCAGGAUUUCUGAACCCAUAGCUAGUUUUGUAGCCUUUCUCUCAAGCAGAUGCAUUACUAAAAAUACAAAAGGGAAAUAUCUAAACUGAAAUAUUUGUUGUUCUUGAGUUGCAUAAAACUAUUGUUUCAUUUAAAUACUAGUUAAAGGAAUGCUUUGAUGUACUUUAUAUUGUAAAAGUGUGCUCUGCUUAUGGCCUGUAAAUUACAUAUGUAUUUAUAUAGGGUAUCUCUGUUUGCGUGUGCGCACGCACCCAUGCGCACAUACACUCAUUCCAUGCAAUGCUAUUAAAUUUAAUUCUUUGCUUCUGGUAGAUAUGGGAAAUUUUUACCAUGAGAAUUAGAAAGUUCCUAAAUCAUAUUAUUUUCUUGAAUUCACAAUAAUUUUGUGUUUUCUGAUUUUAGCUGGGAGAGAAAAAAUCUAUGAUCUGUUAGAGUUAGACAGUGAGAUUGCUGCUAUUGGGAAGAGAAAUGUAGCUGCAUUUUUCAUGGAACUAUGGCAGAUUAUUUACUUUUUACUGUUAUGUAUUGUUUAUAAGGCCAAAAUCUUCAGGAAAUGCCAGAUUCAAUUCUGUUUCAGGUAGAAGGGGAGACUGGAAGAUUUUGCCUGGGGGUGGGGAAGGGGGGAUUCAAACCAGUUAAAUAAAAUAUAAUCAAUUU